AGACCUUCUACGAGCUUGACAUGGUGAUCAAACAACAUCAGCAGUGUCCAUGUGAGAGACCAGGCGAAAACCCAACCAUGACGACAUCCCUGACACAGCCAGUGUCCACGGCUAUGGUUUCGGCAAGAACGGAGACUGCGCCAAACUAUCUAGUGGUCUCGACAAGUAAGGUCAUGAGUUCUACUGGGUCAGGGUCGACUUCUCAAGGCGAUGGAAAUGCAGCUACUGAAGAAACUACUGCUACUACAGGUCCCAGUACACCGUCACCUGUCACAACAGAAUCUACAAGCUCUGGCGCUGGUUUCCAGGUCCGUCUUGCCGGCGGCCCCACCCCGCUUGCAGGCCGAGUGGAGGUGCGGAACGGGACCGGCCCUUGGGGUUCCGUCUGUGAUGACCGGUGGGCCCUGCAGGACGCGCAUGUCGUCUGCAGGCAGCUCGGCUUCGGGACGGCCCUGGAGGCGAAACUGGCGGGCCAUUUUAGAGAGGGUUCUGGGAGUGUUUGGUUGGACGAGGUGGCCUGUGAAGGAACCGAGACGAACCUGGGAGACUGUCCUGCUGAGCCCUGGGGACAGAAUGACUGUUCACACAAGGAGGACGCCGGAGUCGUCUGUGGAGGUGAAGCAGCACUCCGGCUGGUUGGCGGUUUGGCGUCGUGGAAGGGACGUGUGCAAAUCCGGCCGUGGGGAGCGUUAGAGUGGGGUGCCGUGUGCAACACCAGCUGGACCGAGGCUGAGGCGGAGUUCGUGUGCAGGCAGCUGGGACAUGCCGGCGGGAGGAUCGAGGCCGGACAGGCUGACUUCGGGGAAGGCUCGGAGAAGAUCUGGCUGGGUAACGUCACCUGCAGCGGGAACGAGACCAACAUCCUGUCCUGUGGCUUCAUCUGGGAACCUGCUGACUGUGAUCAUCGCCAGGAUGUACAACUUGUCUGUACAGGUGGUGUGUCUGUCCGGCUUACGGGAAGCCGAAGCCCGUUGCAAGGCCGCGUGGAGGUCAAGCCCGGUAAUCUGGACUGGGGGACGGUCUGUGAUGACGGGUUUGACGACAGGGACGCUCAGGUGGUCUGUAGACAGCUCGGGUACCGUGGGGGAGUCGCCACGGUGGGCGGAGAUUUCAGAGAAGGGACGGGAAACAUCUGGCUCAGGAAUCUGGACUGUAACGGCAACGAAUCUUCUCUAGAGAGCUGUCGGAUCGAGAAUGAUGAUAACGGGAACUGUGGCCACAGGCAAGAUGUUGGGGUGGUUUGCAAAGGUGACGUGUCCGUCCGACUUACUGGAGGCCAAAGUCCGUCAGAGGGUCGCGUGGAGGUCCGGCCCGGAAACGGGGACUGGGGGACGGUCUGUGAUGACGGGUUUGACGACAGGGACGCUCAGGUGGUCUGUAGACAGCUCGGGUAUCCUUCAGGAGUCGCCACGGUGGGUGGAGUCUUUCCGGAAGGGACGGGAAACAUCUGGCUGGAAAAUCUCAGCUGCUCAGGAAACGAGUCUUCUGUGGCGGACUGUGAGAUCAGCAGGUGGGGAGACCAUGACUGUAGCCACAAGGAAGACGCGGGAGUCAUCUGUGUACCAGGUAAGAUGGCUGUCCGGCUGGCUGGUGGUCACGUGCCCUGGGAAGGACGAGUGGAGAUCCGUCCGGUGAACAAGUUGGAGUGGCGUGUCGUUUGCAACACCAGCUGGACCGAGGCAGAGACGGGUGUCGUGUGCAGACAGCUGGGGUAUACAGGAGUCGUGAGUUCAGCUCCUACAGUAAUCACAGGUACAGACCGGACCUGGCUGGGUCACGUCACCUGCAAUGGAACUGAGAAAGACAUCGCGUCCUGUUCAUUUGGCUUGGACUCCAACGACUGUUCAGAACAUUGGCAGGGUGUACAAGUCGUCUGCACAGGUGACGUGUCCGUCCGACUUACUGGAGGCCAAAGUCCGUCAGAAGGUCGUGUGGAGAUCCGGCCCGGAAACGGGGACUGGGGGACGGUCUGUGAUGACGGGUUUGACGACAGGGACGCUCAAGUGGUCUGUAGACAGCUCUUGUAUCGGGGAGGAGUCGCCACGGUGGGCGGAGUCUUUCCGGAAGGGACGGGAAACAUCUGGCUGGAAGAUCUCAGCUGCUCAGGAAACGAGUCUUCUGUGGCGGACUGUGAGAUCAGCAGGUGGGGAGACCAUGACUGUAGCCACAAGGAAGACGCGGGAGUCAUCUGUGUACCAGUGUCAGACUGCGCAGAUCUCUAUGCAGCAGGAGAGACUACAAGCGAAGUCUACAACAUUAGGCUCGGCUCCUCUAUCUUGGAGACCUACUGUGACAUGGAUACCGCAGGAGGUGGAUGGACGAUCCAGCGACGACAGGACGGGUCGGUUCCCUUUAACCGGACAUGGGAGGAGUACAAGCACGGGUUUGGGAACAAGAGCGGGGAAUACUGGCUUGGGAACGAGAACAUUCACCUCCUGACCAAUCAGAAGAACUAUCGCCUCAGAGUGGACAUGCAGGAUUGGGAAGGUCAAACACGGUAUGCGGAAUUCUCCAGCUUCAGGGUGUCUGGUGAGUCGGACCAAUACAGGCUGCGCAUUUCCGGGUAUUCAGGCGACGCGGGAGACUCCAUGCGUUACAACAACAGGCAGAGGUUCUCCACUGUGGACAGGGACAAUGAUGCCUACUAUAGCAGCCACUGUUCUCAGCUGUACGGACAGGGCGGCUGGUGGUACAGGACCUGCAGCGUCGCCUUCCUCAACGGUCGCUACCUGGGCAACUGUGGGGACUCCUGUCCAUUAGGGCAAGGUGUGGAGUGGUAUUUUUGGAGAGGUCAUUACUCCCUGAAGUCUGUAUCUAUGAAGAUCAAACCAUAAACGACGUAUGGCACUACCCGUGUAUUAUGUGUUGGCAUUCUAAAUGAAUUUCAUUAAUCACUAAGAUGAAAAAAUAACAUUGCCUAUCUGAUAAUAUUCAGGUUACCGCAGAAUAAUAAUCACACAUGGUCUGGCCAUAAACAACAUAUUACCUGCCCUAUUUCCGAUAUCUGUUAGCAUUUUCUAUAAAUUCAUGAAGCACUAAAUCAAAAUGAAACUUUUUCUAUUUUAUUUUGUUGUUAACGUUUGAGUUGUUGCUGCUUGCAUAAUAUCUAGUUUUGGACGAAACAGAUAAAAUGUUAAUGCGAAACGAAGAUAAUGCUGAUUAUCACUAAUCGGUGACAAAACUUACUACAUUUGUAUAAUCAUUGUAAUUGUAUCUAUUGACAUUAUAUAUGUCAUUACUUUGGUCAGCGUAGACAGAUUGAGCUGGUGAUGACUGACCUAAUACAAAUCGAAAGCGUAAAUCAGAAUCUAAGAAAUCCUGCAUUGAAUAAGUUGAAUGAAUUAUUACAUUACACGCUGGAAGGCAAGACAGAAUGAUACUAUGUAUUGGAGUAAAGCUCUAAGUAAUCUUUUGGGAAAGUUAAGAAAAUCGGAUGCAUUUUUCAAAGCGAGAAACAUAAUAAGCUGUUGAAUAAUUUGAUGACAAAUCAUUA